UGCAGGGUCCGGGGGAGACCGGAUAUAGUGAAUGCAGGGUCCGGGGAGACCGGAUAUAGUGAAUGCAGGGUCCGGGGAGACCGGAUAUAGUGAAUGCAGGGAGAGCGGAUACAGUGAAUGCAGGGUCCGGGGAGACCGGAUAUAGUGAAUGCAGGGUCCGGGGAGACCGGAUAUAGUGAAUGCAGGGUCCUGGGAGACCGGAUAUAAUGAAUGCAGGGUCCGGGGAGACCGGAUAUAGUGAAUGCAGGGUCCUGGGAAUCCAGAUAUAGUGAAUGCAGGGUCCGGGGAGACGGAUAUAGUGAAUGCAGGGGUCCUGGGAAACCGGAUAUAGUGAAUGCAGGGUCCGGGCAGACCGGAUAUAGUGAUUGCAGGGUCCGGGGAGAGCGGAUAUAGUGAAUGCAGGGUCCGGGGAGACCAGAUAUAGUGAAUGCAGGGUCCGGGGAGACCGGAUAU